UGCGUCUGCUUCAGUCGAGAUGGACAAUACAUUGCAACCACUUCCGACAAUUCAGCUCGAAUCUACAAUGUUGGUACCGGUGAGGAACUUUGUGCUCUUCACCACGAAAGAGAAAAGGGGAAAAAUCUCGAAUUUUCGACCACAACGCCACGAAGCAUCUGCUUCAGCCCGGAUGGGAAGUAUCUAGUGACAGGAGGUGACGAUGGGUUGGUUCGAGUGUGGGAUAUCCAGUCCCGUACAAUCCGGAAACUCUUUAAGGGCUAUAAGGCUACAAUCUUGGCCGUCGACUUUGCCUGCGACAGUCACACUGUGGCUUCUGGGUGCGUCGAUGGGACCGUAAGGCUCCGGAAUGUGGAUGCAGACUCCUACAAUCGCACCUAUCGCAUUGAACAUUCCUUCGCCACGUCUGUCAAAUUCUCUCCAACUAUGGAAUGGGUCGCUGCGGGAUUCAGGGAGGGGGGGGUCAGAAUUUGGAAUAUCAGCACAGGGUAUCUCAUUACCCAACUGCAAGACGACUUUCCCAUCCGUGACAUACAGUUCCUUCCCGAUGGACGUCUCAUUAGUGCUAGCCGGGCGGUGAGACUCUGGCAGAUCAAACCCGAUGGCAACAUCCCAACCGAAUGCUUAAGCAUGAACGGCCACAAGGAACCCGUCACUUCCGUCAGUUGCACGCCAGAUGCCGCUUGGAUCAUCUCUGCUUCUCAUGAUGGAUGCGUCAGAUUCUGGGAUACUCUCACAGGAACUUCUCAGCUGGAAUUACGUUGUAAAAAGUUCGAGAGUAUUUAUGAUGUUGCCUGCAGCCCCGUCGGUGGCCUCGUCGCCGUAGCCUUCAGGGAUGGACUGACGCAACUCUGGUCAUACAAGCGUGUCCCUGUUGCUCCGCACCUUCUUUAG